UUUGAUCAGAGAUUAGAGAGGCUGAAAAGCCACCUUCACUUCUCUCUCUCUCUCUAAAUUCAACAUUCCACAACUAACAAACAUUUAAAACUCUUUUUUCUUCUCACAUUCUCUUUUCCUCAUUCCUUUUCUUCCACAGCCCCAAAGAGAGAAGGAAAAAAAAAGACAUCACAACUUCAAUUCGUUUCUUUCUUUCUUUCAGAAAACACCACCUGCAAAUGAGGCACCUGAAACCGCCGCCAACCACCGCCGCCGCCGCCGCCACCUCUCACUUAAAAAUCCGUUCUUUUAGAUGAUGACACCACUUUCCUCCUCCGAAAUCCUUCGUCUCUCCGCCGCGGUGAUAUUCACGCUCUCUCUACUGAUCCCCACUUCCCAUGCUCUCGGCUCCGGCGCUACCCUUGCCGUCACCGACGCCUCCGACACCGUCUGCGGCGUCGUCGCGGGGGAAUCCACCCAACGCAUUGAGUGCUCCCGCCUCGGUAGUCAGCUUGUCCCCGCCGUUCCCCCUAACAUCUCAUUCUCCACCGUCUCCGGCGGCGCCACCUUCUUCUGCGGCCUCAGGUCCGGCAACCGCACCUUGCUCUGUUGGAACACCAUCACCACCACCAACGGAACCUUCACACCAAAGAGACUCUACAACAACGACACUGUUCUAUUGGAGAAUCUCGCCGUCGGAGAAACCCACGUUUGCGCCACCGUGGUCGGCGCCGGAACCGUUACGUGCUGGAGAACCAGCAAAACGUUCAAGUCCCCAUCUAGGUCUCUUCAAUUCUCUUCAAUCUCAUCUGGGUCAGGAUUCUCUUGCGGGAUUCUGAAGAACAGUUCUCAAGUUCGAUGUUGGGGUGAAACGGUAAUUUCAAGAGUGAUUGAAAAUGGGUUUAAGAACAUGUCUAUGUGGAGCAUUGUCGCUGGUGGUUCACACGUUUGUGGGUUGAAUUCAACUGGAUUUCUGGUUUGCAUAGGGGACAACGACAAUUUUGGGCAACUUGAUGUUCCAAAAAAUGAAGCUUGGGAAUUUGGUGAAUUAGCACUUGGUGCUAGCCAUGGAUGUGCUUUGAGAAGGUUGAAUGGAACUGGAAGCGUUGUUUGUUGGGGUGGUGAUGGUAAUUUCACAUCGGAAGUAACAAAAGGUGUUUCCUUCGAGGUAAUUGUUUCUGGGUCUAACUUCACUUGUGGAUUAGUGACACGUAAUCUUAGUGUUCUUUGUUGGGGUCCUGGUUGGCCUAAUAAUAAUGGUUCAAGAUUUGAACUUCCAUUGCCUAGUGUUCUUCCGGGUCCUUGUGUUCAAUCCUCUUGUGAUAAUUGUGGUCCAUAUCCUGAUUCUCAAUCUCUGUGUUCCGAUUCUGAUAGCAACAUUUGCAAGCCUUGUUGGCCUCCAAUUCAAGCUCCACCAGCGGCAACGGUUCCAUCUUCGCUGCCGCCGGGGCCUGCUCCUCGGCAGAGGUCGCGGUCGAGGACAUUGACUAGGGGUUUAUUGGCAUUUGCUAUUGUUGGAUCAGUUGGUGCUGUUGCUGGAAUUUGCACAAUUGUUUAUUGUUUGUGGAAUGGUGUUUGUUUUGGGAAGAAGAAAGUGCACAAUUCUGUGCAGCCAACAAUCACAAGAGGUAGUAGUACUUCAAGUGGUGUUUCCAACAAUAGUAGGAACAAUAGCAGGCCUCUUUCGAGGACUUCCACGAUUAUGCGACAAGGUUCGAGGAUAAUGCGCCGCCAGAGGAGUGGCACCUCAUCCACAAAACACCCUGAUAGGGCUGAGGAAUUCGCCUUGGCCGAGCUAAUAGCUGCAACGGACAAUUUCUCGCCUGAGAACAAGAUUGGGGCUGGAAGCUUUGGAGUUGUGUACAGGGGAAAGCUUGUGGACGGCCGUGAGGUGGCGAUCAAGAGGGGCGAAACUGGCUCUAAAUUGAAGAAGUUUCAAGAGAAAGAAAGCGCGUUUCAGUCCGAAUUGUCCUUUUUGUCGCGGCUACACCACAAGCACUUGGUUAGGCUAGUUGGUUUCUGUGAGGAGAAAGAGGAGAGGCUCUUGGUUUAUGAUUACAUGAAGAAUGGUGCAUUGUAUGAUCAUUUGCACGCCAAGAACAAUGUGGAGAAGAGUAGCAGUGUCUUGAAUUCGUGGAAAAUGAGGAUCAAAAUCGCCUUGGACGCCUCUCGGGGGAUAGAAUAUCUCCACAAUUAUGCGGUUCCAUCCAUAAUCCAUAGAGAUAUCAAGUCUUCCAACAUCCUCCUCGAUGCAAAUUGGACUGCUAGAGUAUCCGAUUUUGGAUUGUCUUUGAUGAGUCCAGAGCCAGACCGUGAUCAUCGGCCGAUGAAGGCAGCUGGAACGGUUGGAUAUAUUGAUCCUGAGUACUAUGGCCUAAAUGUGAUAACGGCAAAGAGUGAUGUCUACGGCUUUGGAGUAGUUCUUUUAGAACUAUUAACCGGAAAGCGAGCGAUAUUCAAGAAUGGCGAAGAUGGCGACACACCAAUGAGUGUGGUGGACUUCGCCGUGCCUGCAAUUUUGAGUGAGGAAUUGGCGAAGAUUUUGGACCCUAGGGUUGGACCACCAGAUGCAAAUGAAGCUGAGGCAGUGGAAUUGAUGGCAAAGAUUGCAAUGCUUUGUGUGAAUUUGGAAGGAAAAGAUAGACCAACCAUUUCUGAUAUUGUUACCAAUUUAGAGCGUGCAUUGCUUCUUUGUGAAGGUUCUCAUCAUCAUGAUAGCAAUUCGAGUGGUAUAAUCUCCAUUGUCUCAGAUUGAGAUGAGAGUUUGUGUUCAAAGUUUCAAACCCCAUUAAUUAAAGAGACUAAAAGAGGAAGAAAAGCAUAUUGAAUUCUUUUGUCAAUUUUUCAUUGAUUCUUUUUGAUAAAUUAUAUGAAUAUAGUGUUCUGCUGUAAAAAUUGUCCCUUGA